AUCACCCUUCCAAUCGCCAAGCACUGCACCACCAAGAACCAAUCCAGCAUUCUAAUUUCUUUCUCGGACUCAUCUUACUCCUCGAUCGACCACAAGUCAUGAGUCGUUCAUACGAUAGAGCUCUUACCGUCUUCUCGCCUGAUGGACAUCUGUUCCAGGUCGAAUAUGCACUCGAAGCCGUACAGAAAGGAACAUGUGCAGUUGGUGUUCGUGGUAAAUCUUGUGCGAUCUUGGGCGUGGAAAAGAAAUCGGUCUUGCAAUUACAAGAUCCCAGGACGGUACGAAAAGUGGCGAUGUUAGAUGAUCACGUUUGUCUAGCGUUUGCGGGCUUGACGGCAGAUGCCAGAAUAUUAAUAGACAAAGCUCGAACGGAAUGUCAAUCGCACCGCUUGACGGUUGAAGACCCAGUAACCGUGGAAUAUAUCACCCGUCACAUUGCUCAAAUCCAACAGCGAUACACUCAAUCUGGUGGUGUUAGACCCUUCGGUAUCUCGUGUCUGAUCAUCGGAUUCGACGCAAAUGACAACAUCCCUCGUCUCUAUUCCACAGAGCCAAGCGGGGUAUUUUCAUCAUGGAAGGCUAAUGCGAUCGGCAGGUCAUCUAAGACAGUCAAGGAAUUCUUAGAAAAGAAUUGGGCUGAAGGGCUUAGCACCGAAGAGUCCAUCAAACUGACGGUACGCUCCUUACUCGAAGUUGUCCAAACCGGAGCCAAGAACAUCGAGUUAAGUAUCAUGGACGGCUUUGGAUCUUUCCGGCAAUUGAGCCUGAAUGAGCUGGAGGCAGUAGUCAGUGAGAUCGAGAAAGAGAAGGAGGUCGAACAACAACGAUUGCGAGAUCGUCGGGCAGCUACUGCUGCUAGUCAAGCCGCAAUGGGUCGUAGAGCUGGCGAGGAAUGAGGAAAAACCCAAAUUACUCACUUUCCUUCCAGCCUCAGCUCUUCUCAACUCUCACCCCAGAAAAAAAAAGAAUGAUGAAUUCUCAUGGUCUAUUGUUUUUUUAUAUACUUUGUCAUGUUAUACAAAAAAACACCUUGUUAUCCAAUGUUGAGAAAUUCUAGCCUCUGAAACAGAACGGAAAAUGGACAAAUGGUAUGGAAUGAGUGAAUCAAAGUGAUGUUAACAACUCAGUUGAUAAGAUGACCAGUGUCUCCUGACUAGACGAUUUGUCUGCCCUUUGUUAUUUAUAUAUUGCCUGUGGAUCUCCUGGUUAUGUAGGCUGAUU